UUAUUACUGUGGCAAAACUCAAGUGAAAGCGCUGUGGCUGGAUGAGUCGUAAGUGUUUGGAAAGUUUCAGCCGGUUGGCACAGUUAAAUGACGUCUGUGAAACACUCCAAAGGUUACGAAUCACGUCAAAAUGUCUAACGUGUGGUCACUCAGAUUAUUGCACGAAACCUUUGUUGUGGGAAAUUGUAUCCCCAAUAAAAUCCCUUUAAUGCCUUCGACCAAAAGCAUGGUUUCACUUUAACCAUCAUGUGAACUAAUGUUAAUUUAAAAAACAACACACAUCCAGUAAAAAAAACAACACAAUGACCUUAGAAAUCAGUAUAGAAAGAUGAGUAAUUCAUUUACAGCUGUAAUUGUUUGCAGCAAGACAAUACAAUCCAUCUCUUUUGUGUCACGCCCUGAGCUCACUUUGAAAAAUCACUUUGUCCAACCAGAAGCUGUUGUAUGCAGGAUGUGUAUGUUUAGAGGUACAGUAUAUGUUCUCAGUUCCCUCCCUUUAACCCCCCAUCACACACACACACACACACACACACACACACACACACACACACACACACGAACACACGCACGCACAUACACACUUUCGUUCUUUUUCAUAUACCCCCAGUCAUUACCCACGCCCGUUGAGUGACAGAGCAAGGCGCGUUUUUCAAAAUGAUUACAAAGCUAGACAGUGUGCUCUUGCCCCCAAAAAAGUUCAUCUUCCAUUACAAGAAUGUGCGCUGGGCAAGGGGCCGGCACGAGACAUACCUCUGCUUCGUAGUGAAGAGGCGAGUGGGCCCAGACUCCCUGACCUUUGACUUUGGACACCUGCGCAAUCGCACUGGCUGCCAUGUGGAGAUGCUGUUUCUGCGCUAUCUGGGAGCCUUGUGCCCUGGUCUCCUGGGCUGUGGAGUGGCUGGAGAGAAGAGGCUCAGUUAUUCCAUCACCUGGUUCUGCUCCUGGUCUCCCUGUGCCAACUGCUCCAUCAGACUGGCCCAGUUCCUCAGCCAGAUGCCCAACCUUCGCCUCAGGAUCUUUGUGUCACGCCUUUACUUCUGUGACAUAGAAGACAGCCAAGAGCAAGAGGGCCUGAGAAUGCUGAAAAAAGCAGGAGUGCAGCUCACAGUAAUGACUUACAAAGACUUCUUCUAUUGCUGGCAAACGUUUGUAGCUCGCAAGCAGAGCAGAUUCAAGGCCUGGGGUGAGCUGCACCAAAACUCUGUUCGCCUCACCAGAAAACUUCACCGUAUCCUUCAGCCUUUAGAAGCUGAAGAUUUGAGGGAUGCCUUCAAACUUCUUGGAUUGUGAAACAUACUUGUGACUUCCUGUUACCAUGUGACCAGGUCUAUCGUUGUGUCUGCAGAGGAACGACGUGUUGGUCCAUCACUACAACUGCUAAACUGAGAUUUUUUUUUUAAACUGAGAAAAAACUGCUUUCAAAUAGAGGCAAGGCUUUUAACAUUGGAUAACUGCUGCUUAUGGUUUCUGUAGCAUUAUGGCCACGUGAAAUAAAAUAAUGUACAAUGAAAUAUUGUGUUGUGUUGAUGUAAAAAAAAGGACUUGUGGUGAUGUUAGCUCACAAGAAGUAAGCCUAAUAUAACCUUUUUAAAGAUUAUUCUAGAACUAUUCAUCUAAAUGCUGCUAAUUAAAACUCACUGUAGAGCAUUGUGCAAACUGCAGUGAUGGAUCAUAGAGUUGGAACAUGUCGCCCUGGUCUGGAAAGUGAAGCCAAUGCGGAAUGUGCCUGAAACCUGUAUUCUCACGAAU